AUGGCCCUGAAGAACAAAACCACAGAGCUCGAGUCGCUGCAGCCGCUCUGUUGUAACACCGAUGACGUGUACGUAAAAGCAAUUAUAAACUUGAAAGCGAAGACGCCAGUUUGCCAUGGUUGUGCCGCAUCGAUCUUUCUGACCGUCCAACGGCUGCCGUCCAGCGGAUCGAUUACUGCCGUCAGGGGCAGUGGCGUCCGUCCGAGCAACGUCUAG